CAUGAAAUGCUUCCGGUCCUGAGCUCCAUGGUCAUGUCUGACAUCUGCGGGCAAGAGAGGAGAAGGAGAGCUUUCUUUCUUCUCUACUAAUCAAAGCCGGUAACUUCGCUAAAGUGGCAAGUGACCCACUUGAGGAGGAAGAAGGAGAAGGAGAAGGAGGAGGAGGAGGAGGAGAGGAGUAACCGACCAGAACCGACCACCUCUGGGUCAGUCAGGUCAGGUGCCCAAGAAGGAAACUCAUUUCCAGCCCUGAAAGGAAAUGGCGGAUCGGAGAGCUAUCCCCAGCGAAGGACUGCUGACUUACAUCUACAUUCUCAUCUACAUCGCCCUCUCCAGCGGCCAGAUCUUCUUCAACAAGUGGGUGCUGUCAUCGAAGGAAAUGAAUUUCCCAUAUCCUCUCGGAUUGACUCUGCUUCACAUGAUCUUUUCAUCUGUCAUGUGUUUUUUAGUCACCAAAGUUUUCAAGAUCAUGAAGGUUGAAGAAGGUAUGACACCAGAAAUAUAUGCUACAUCCGUGAUUCCAAUUGGUGCAAUGUUUGCUAUGACUCUUUGGCUCGGAAACACUGCUUAUCUUUACAUUUCUGUGGCUUUUGCGCAGAUGUUGAAGGCCAUCAUGCCGGUUGCUGUUUUCAUUCUUGGUGUGGCAGCAGGGCUCGAAGUAAUGAGCUGCAGAAUGCUUCUGAUUAUGUCCACGAUAAGCUUAGGGGUUCUAGUUGCUUCAAUCGGAGAAAUAAAUAUCAGCUGGAUCGGAGUUGUUUACCAGAUGGGUGGUGUUGUUGGUGAAGCUUUACGACUUAUUUUCAUGGAGAUUCUUGUGAAGCGAAAGGGUCUAAAGCUAAACCCCAUAUCUCUCAUGUACUAUGUGAGCCCCUGCAGUGCUUUAUGUCUCUUUGUUCCUUGGAUCUUUCUGGAGAAGCCAAAGAUGGAAGCAAGCGGAGCUUGGAACUUUCAACCCAUUAUUUUGACUCUCAACUCUCUGUGCACUUUCGCGCUUAACCUGUCAGUUUUCCUUGUGAUUACUCACACAAGUGCUCUGACCAUCCGUGUUGCUGGAGUGGUCAAGGAUUGGGUCGUCGUCUUAGUUUCCGCUCUUCUCUUUGCUGACACGAAGCUGACCUUGAUAAAUCUGUUUGGCUAUGCCAUUGCAAUUGCUGGAGUAGCAGCAUAUAACAACCACAAGUUGAAGAAAGAAGCUUCCCGAGACAGCUCAAGCAAUGAGCCACUAGAACAAUCCAUACCCUUAGCAUCUACCUCAGCUCCCGACAAGUAGCAGUAUUGUAGAGAGUUCGAAAGACUUUGCUGAUACAAACGUAAGGCUUCCCACAAAUUUUUUCUUCAAGGAACACUAUUUUUUCUCCUUGAUACUGUCACAAACGAGUUUACUCUCUAUCCUGUGUGUUCAGAGCGUGGAACCGAGCAAGCCCUUAGUCAACAACUGGGUAUCUUUACUUUUCAAAACAUAAUGUAGAUUUUUUUUUUUUUUAUUUUUUUUUAUGGAUAAUCCGAAAAUGUAGAUUUGAUAUGAUAAGCCAUAUGACCUGUCAGGGAAACAGUUCUUGAGGAGAUUACAUGCUUUGCUAUGUAUUGGGUCGAAAAGCGAGUUGGUGUCGUUUCCUUCCUAA